AUGGUCGAGCAAUCGAGUAAUAUUUACCAACCAUUAAAUUUAAAUAGAAUCAUUAUCGAGGGUUUGGAAGAUCUAUUAAAGUAAAGAGAGGAAAACUUUCGUGAUCACACAUAAAGAUGCAAGAAAAAAACUAUAGUUGCUCUGACUAGAAUUUUUCAUCCAUUCACAAUAUUGAGUCUAGCCUAUACAGCUGGUCUUAUAUACAAUAUUCAUAGACUAGAAGAGAAGGAUUUCGACAAUCACUUGAAUGUAGAUUUUGUAUCAGGAAAAUCACUAAUAACCUAGCAUUACAUUACUAUAAUCGUCUUGCUACUACUUAUUAUUUUAGAUAUCUAUCUAAAAAUUCAAAGACUUAACUACAAGGUAUUUAACAUUGAUAGCAAACUUCAAAACUUAAUUGAGCAGUUCAAUCCUUAUGGUCUGCAUACAAACAGAGAGGAGGGACUUAUAAGUUAGAAUUAGGAAAAAGAAUUCGCUUACUAUCAAAAUUGCUUUACUUGGACAAUAAGGAAUGGAGAAUGGAGGAAAAUUCCGAAUAACACUCUUGCAAAAGGAGAUGUAAUCAAACUAUUGCCUGGUGAUAAAGCACCAGCUUUAGUUAAAUACUUUAACAAUGAAAAGAAUACUGAUAAAAUUGAUGAGGGGCUAUUGGGGAUAGGAAUUUCUAAAACACCGCAAAUUAGUUCUCAAGACCCAAAAUUAUUUGGAAAAGGUUAAAAGAUAGUUUUGCCAGGUUUGAAUGAAGUUCUAUAAAAAGUAUCUUAAUUAAGUGGACUUUAGGAUACUAAUGAUCCCGCAGAAGCAUUUGAAAGGAGUAAAAAGGAAUACAAACUAUUUGAGGUCUAAACUACCCCUUGCGUGACAGAUCUUACUGAAUUCAUCAAUAAUAUGGAAACAAAAAAGAAUUUUUCAAAAAAUCUACUAUAUUUCUCGAAUGCCAAAUUAGCUGAAAAAAUUCUUAAUUUUUUCUUAGGAUUUAGUUGGUUAAUCUGCAUUUCAAUAAAUAUAUCUUUCAUAUUAACUGACAGGUCCUUAGACUACUUUGAUUAGAAUGUUUAUUUGACUCUUAUUGGGUAUUCAUUUAUGGUUCCAUUUAUAUUUUCUAUAUGUGAAGCUUGGGCAAAUGCUCUCAUAAUCACUCUUUUCAAUACCUUGUAAUAUGAAGAUUACUACAAACUUUUGCCAGGUUCUCACAACUUAUAUAAGCUAUUGAAGAAAGAAACUUCCAAUAAGAAUAAUCUAGAUACCACUCUUAAUCUUAUCAAUUCUAGCAUUGCAAAUUUAGAAAAUAAAUAAAAUGAUGACAAUGUUUCGAAAAAGCUAAAUAUCAAAGAAAAGAAAAAAAAGAAGAAGAAGAAGAAGUUUUCUUGGAGAAAAUUUUUAUGCUAUUGUAGCAAAUCUCAUUAAAUAAGUAGGCUUAAAAAACAGAGAAGCAAGUAAAAGAAACUCUAGAAGAAUAACUAAAAAUUGAAUAAUAUAAUAAAUGCUGAUGAUUUUUACAAAAGCUAUGAUUUUUAAAAUAGAGGAAUAAGGAAAAAUUGGAAAGUAUUUUGGGGGUAUGUAAGAAGUGGUUCUAAUCAUUUGAAUAACUAUUUUGCAGCUUUAAGCUGUGUUUCAAUUUUGGCUUUUGUUGACAAAGAGGGCAUCGUAUCUGAAACAAGUAAAUAUGUGGAUGAGAUAGGUGUGAUUGAUAAGAAUUAGUAGAAAGUUGUUUUUGACCUUAUUCAUGAUUCUCAUGUGAAAAACGAAGAGGAAAUUUACUAGUUUGAAAAUUCCAAUGUACUGAAGGAGAAUUAAAAUAUCUUAAAGGCUUUGGGACUUUCAUUUAUGUUUGCGAGAAAUCCUAAAGAAAGUGAUACAGAAAAACAACUAAAAGAAAUCUUCUCGAAAGAUCCUCAAAUGGCAAAGGAAAUAAAUAAAGAAAUUGGAUUUUACUUUCACAAUGCAUUAAGAGCAGAAACAGAAUCUCAUUAAGACUGUGUCUGCGCUUUAGCUAAGUUGAUAGGACAUACUGACUCUUCUUUCCCUAAUUUUGAGACAAUUAGUUCAAUUUGGAAUGUUUUGCCAAGUGUCCCAGACGAGAAGAAAAAAUCUGAUGGUGAAAAAAGAAAGGUUAGAGAACUUGAAUUCAAAAAACACAAGAGUUUUGAUGAUUUUGACAAAGAUGAAGAAUAUGAAAAUUUAGUAGAGAAGAAUAGCGUUUCUGAAGAUGACAUUGAUAAAAAAUCAUUCAAAAGUGAAUUAUCUUAAAGAGGAAAAGCCAUUUUUGCAGACUAAAAGAAUCUUAAAAAGAUGCUUUUAGAGAGAUUUCAUAAGUUUGGACAUCUUGUCACAACAAUAGUCAAAGAUAAAUCUGAUGGGAAAUUGCAAUCGUUUAGCAGAGGAGAAGCAAAUAUUAUUUUUAACAAUUGUUCAGAUUACUGGAAUGGAGAAAAAAUAGUUCCAAUAAAAAAGGAAGUGGAAAGCUUUAUUAAAGAUAUCUUAUUUUAAUGGCAAGCUUCCGAUUUCGUUACUAUUGGAUUUUCUUAUAAGCCUAUUAUUCCAGACAUUUAGGAUAUUUUGGUAUCAAGGUCUACAGAAAAGCGAUCUAAGUCUCGUGAUGUGUUGGAAAGUUUUCAAAAUAAUUAGAUUUUUCUUGGUAUUAUAGGGAUUAAGCAUCAUUAGAAACAAGAAGCAAAUGAAUUAUUUUAAAGUCUCGAUGAUGCUGGUAUAAGAGGAGUACUUUUCUCUAAAGAAGAAGUUUUAGAGACAAAAUCUUUGGCUAAGGAACUUGGCAUUGACAGUGAAUGGAAUGCUUGGAUAAGUUUAGCUGAGAAUCCAAGUGAUUUCACAAAAUUAUACAACCAAGAUGGCCAUCUUAUACUACCCUAUGGUAUCGAAGGAAUAAAAAAGCACAUUGAAGAAGUUGAUACUAUUCCACUUUAAGUUCCAAUGUUUUGCGAUACCACUGCUGAGACAACAACUCAGAUGUUUUAGAUUUAUCAAGAACAUGAUGAUGUAGUUUGUUGUAUAGGAAACAUAAUGAACUCCGAGAAUUUGCAUAUUUUCUAGUAAGCCAAUGUUGCAAUAGGGAUGAUGAUCGAACCCUAAUAUAGAUGCAACAACUGUAAUGGUCUGAUAUCACACAAUCAGCAAAAGACUAGGUAUGUUUAAUUCGAUAAUUCUAAGAGCUCAGAAUAUCAGCCAAAUAAAUUAGAGAAAUUAAGUGCAGCUAUCAAUGCCUUAGCUUGCACUUUUGUAUUUGAUGCUAACACUAGUAUUUAUUUCUUUUUCUCUGUUUUUAGAGAGGCAAGAAGACUCAGAGAAAGUGUUGAAUAAGCUUCACUGCUCUCAAUAUUCAUCUAUCUUAUGCUUUUUCUGAUUUUUCUUUUAGAUUUAUGCCUUGGAUUAUACAAUUACAUUGACUAAUUGGAGACCUUAUACAUUUUAUUUGUAUUCGUACCACUGUUUUCGUUCUCAUGCAUGUCUAGACCAACCAAAAAUUCAAUAAUGAAGCGACAUGUAUUGAGUCCGAAGUAUCUUCCCUAUUUAGAUUUUGCUAUAUUUAUGAUAAAAUCGUCUUUUUUGAAAAUGAUUGUUGGUGCUGCAUUAAUGUACAGUGUCAGAAUUUUCUACAUUAGAUAAGCAAUUGAGCAUUUCAGAGAGACUCAGCCUCAAGAUUAUUUUAAGGCCUUUUAAGUGGAUGAGAAAUCCUAAAUGAUGAUAUUAGAUUAAUUCAACUAUAUUCUCUAUGGAAAGUAUAUUUCACUUAAGAGGAACUACAAGUAUUGGCAAUUGACAUUUGAAUUCGAGCAUAAGUUUAAUUUUUCAUACUUGUUGAUUAUUUUGACCUAUUUAUCUAUUGGCUAUGAGUCACCUAAUUAUACGCUUUUGUUUAAGUUCACCAAGAAUAAAUACUUUAGACUUAAUCUUGUAAUCUAAGUUUUGAUUACUGUAGCCUACUAUUUGUUAAGCACAAUGUCAUUUUUAGGCCCUAACUAUCCUCAUGACUACACUGAUUUAGGAAACUAUUAUUACCCUCAGUAUGAUGUAUGGCUUUGUGCCAUUGCUUCAUUAUUGAUCAUAGCCUUGAUUGAAGAGCUCACUAAAAAGAAAGUGAGGAAAUUAUUUGACAGAGAUCAUAACAGACUAAUGAUUUUCUUCUCAACUAAGCUUGGCAUGUGGAGUCCAAGAUGA